AUGGUGCCAGCCUCAGCCUUCUCCCAUUUCCAUGAACAGGGAGCAGAGUCGGGUACUGCCUCGACCGCCGCUUCAACACCGGCCCCAACGCCACAGCUCGACAUCCUCACCAGCAACCAGGACCCGGUGGACGCCUACCGCGUAAAUAUGACCCAUCUCGAGCUCUUCAACAAUCUUUUCAGCAAAGAAUUUCUGUCCAUCGACGAAUCAGAACAGCCAGACGACAUACCAGUUACCAUCUACAGCAAACACGCUCUCACGACGCCAUAUCUAAUGCAUCAAGUCCUCGCAAUUUCGGCCUUACAUCUCAGCACCAGGACUAGUGAGUCUUGUGAGUUUUACCGCGAAUAUGCCGCCGGCCUGCAAAAUCGAGCUCUAUCGCUGUUCAAUGAAAGCAACCCGAUGCUGGAAGUGACCCCUGCCAAUUGCGUUCACAUGUUCUUAUUCUCGUCUCUGGUGGGGGUCCAUCUUCUGUGUGACACACUACAUUACCAAAGAGACAGCUUCGAAGGAUUCAUCGAUAGAUUCACACAUUGUCUAAGUGUUUCUCGUGGUGUACUGACUGUCAUGGAACACAGCUGGCCCCUGCUGCGAGAGACAGAGCUUGGACCUCGUCUGGAAUGGUCUCAAGUCCUCAUGCAAUCGACAGAUGAGAGUGGCUCCGAAUGUGCUGCACUCCACGAUCUGAUCAACGCUACGGAUGCAAGCCCAUCUUCGCGAAAGGCCUAUCACGAGUCAGUCUUGCAUCUGCAACAGGUCUUCAAUGCGCAGCGUGUGGCGCCAGGACACAAGAUUCGAACCCCUCUGGUGUUGAAAUGGCCGAUACUACUAUCACCCGACUACGUAGCUUUUCUGCGCCAACAACAGGCGGAAGCCCUUGUCAUCCUCGCCCACUAUGCCGUGCUACUCCAUCGCGGCCGGGAUUUGUGGCUGAUUGGUGAGGGUGGUCGGUUCCUGAUCGAGUCCAUUUGCAGCAGCCUGGGUCCUGGCUGGCAGGAAUGGCUGAAAUUUCCCCGGGCCGCUCUUGAGGAGGACUUGACUGCUGACAAGCCAAGUUGGACAUGA